AAUACUUGUUAGGCUGCCCUUGAAAUCAAUUCUCAGAUUCAAAACCGUCUCAAGGCAAUGGAGAUCAACACUCGAGUCAAGGAGGUUCGCGGACAGGCGUAUGCUUGUUCCAAAGAAGCGGAAAUUCUUGGCUGUCGGAAAUCAGGCCCAGACGCGGUUCCAAGGAAACGAAGAGAUCGAGAUGGUGUACUUAGAGCGUGAUAAAGAAGCCACACGACCUUCGUUGACAUGUGACGGUGUGGUUUGCAUCCCGGAACCGAAUUGGGUCAGUGUCUUGAAUCCUUCGACAGGAGAGUUUCUUAGAUUCUGUAGCGGUCCCUUCCACUAUGAGAACCACAUGUCUUACGCAGAAGGAUGGUGGAGCGAAUUCAAUAUAAACUCGGCGAUGGGAUUUGGUAAGGACGAAGUUAACGGGAAGUAUAAAGUCGUGAGCAUGUUGUUUGAUCAUAACCAUUACCAGAUUCUUGAUGUUGACAUUGGCCAAUGGCGGAAACUAGUUCCGCCUCCUUACAAGGUUGAAACGAGAAGUAAGUCGGCCUGUGUGAAAGGAUCCAUCUACUGGUUAGAUCUUUUUCGUAUAUAUAAGCUACUAGCUUUGGAUCUUCACACAGAAGAAUUUCGGGAUGUCCAGGUACUUCCUCCCAUUUUGCACUCCGCCGGAGCUCGGAUAGUGAACCUUGAUGAUCGUCUAGCCAUAGCUGAUAUCUGUAUGAUGAAACCUGGAUGGAAUCUAGAGAUAUGGAUCAUGGAUGCACAAGAAGAAACAUGGAGUAUGACUUACAGCCAGGGCCGGCCCUGGGCUAAAGCCCAUAAAGCCAGGGCUUUAGGCGCCAAAAUUAUUUAUGUUAUAAGGGGCGCCAAAUUACAAAAUAUCUCUUUAGUAUAG